AAACCUAUAAAAACCCUGGAACAAGUUCCCUAUGUUCGGUUCUUAGAACUUGACCCCUCUUCUAAAAAAAGAAAGACACUUCCGUUUGCACAACUUCUCACCAACAAUGAAAGUUGGCAAAAGUUAAAAGAAGCGAAUGAAGAAGCUGAAAAAAAACUUGAGGAAGCUAAACAGAAAAAAAAAUUAGUGGCCCAGAAAAAGAUCGAACUGCAGCGUAAUUUGGAGCAAAAAAAGGAAGAGCAUGAACGAAAAAAGCGAGAAAGAGAAGAGCAUCAAUCUAAAACACAAAAAA